CCUGGCUCCAUCAGCAUCCUGGGCUGGAGAAGGACAAGAAAGGUCCUGAUGUCUCUUUAAGCCGGAGUCCAAGUUCCCAUCCUAAUCCCUCCCACCUGCUCUCUACUCGGCCCCCUGACGUCAGGAGGAAGGAGUGGAUGUGUGUGAGUGUGAGUUCAAGCUCUGGGGUGCUGCAUGCUCACACACACACACACACACACACACACACACACCCCAAAUAGCUUAAGUCCAUCUUUGCCUGCUGGCCCUAAGAAACGGGGGGGGGGUACAAAAGAAGAGGAAGGUGAAAGCUUCUGGAGGCAGGCUGACCCCACGGCCCAAGACUGAAGCAGGCAUCUCCAGGAAGCUUCGGGGGGCCCAUCGGUACUCUGCACAGCCCUGCUUUGUCCAGUUUCAUCCCUCAACCACUGCACGCCCUGAAGACAUCCCUGCCCACUGGGCUUCUCCACCAUGUCCUCUGAGCCCACCUCACCCCCAGUAGUGCCGCCUCUGCACUCCCCCAAGUCCCCUGUCUGGCCCACCUUCCCCUUCCAUCGUGAGGGGAGCCGGAUCUGGGACCGGGGCAGCAGCCUCCUGCUCAGAGACCUGCCUAGCCCCCUCCCCACCAAGAGAACCAGGACCUAUUCUGCCACUGCUCGGGCCUCAGCUGGGCCCAUAUUCAAGGGCGUCUGCAAGCAGUUUUCCCGUUCGCAGGGCCAUGGCUUCAUCACGCCAGAGAAUGGCACAGAGGACAUAUUCGUCCACGUGUCUGACAUCGAGGGGGAGUACGUGCCCGUGGAGGGAGACGAGGUGACCUACAAGAUGUGCCCCAUCCCCCCGAAAAACCAGAAGUUCCAGGCGGUGGAGGUGGUCCUGACCCACCUGGCCCCCCACACUAAGCAUGAGACAUGGUCUGGCCAGAUCAUUGGCUCCUAGGCCGCAGCACCGGGGUGGGGAGGGGGCAGGAAGGGGGCCCCCCAGUUCGAGCCCACCUGGGGUUGGGGAAGAACUCAGAGAGAAGGGAGAAAGCAGGCGGAGAGCCCAGGGGCAACCCACUGCCAGGCUCUGGCAUUUUUCUGCUGCCCCCUCCCACUUCUGCGUAGCUUUUUCAUGUAUGUGUGUAUGUGGUGUUAUUUUUCCCCCUGUUUGUACUGUUGUCCAAGCUAUGGGGAGAGAUCCAGGCUGAGACAACAGAAUCGGAAAGAGCUUCCCUCUCCUCCCCGGCCCCAUCCUCCCCUCCUCCCUGGAUUCCCCAGGACCACUGGGACCAGGGGAAGGUGUUAGCCACAAGACAGACUGCCCUUCCCACCUCUCUCCCCUCCCCUCAGAAUAGAGCAGAUGCUCGGGGCGUCACUGAGUCCUGUGGAUGGAGGAUCACAAAUGGAGCCUCUUUCUCCUCCUGCCCCUUCCCCCCUUCCAUCCCCGCUUUACUCUAGGAGAACCAGUCCCUGGAGAAUGGCAGGAUGUGAGCCCCUGCCUCCUUCACAGAUAGAGCUUCCCUUGUCUCCCCCACCCCGUGCCUGGGGGGCUAAAGGACCUCAGUUGUUUUUUUGGACACCCCCUCCCCCAACCCCAGCACAGGGGAGGGGGGGGACAAAGAAAGCAUGAACAGCAUCUCCCCCACCCUGGUCUUUCUGGGGACAGGGCUGGGGGAGUGCCUACCUGUCUUCCCACCCUGGGCUGCCUCUAUUUGGGAAGACACCUUGCCCCGCUCUCUUUAAUGACUUUGUACUGAUCUGGGACUCCAUCAUGAGUAUGCUCUACAAUAGGGGGAGAGCCCUGCUCAGCACUGUGCCAUCCCACCUUCAUAUGGGCCCCCCCUCCCAAACCUGAGUGCGGGUGGUUCCUGCAUCCCCCACACUCUGUCUCUGUAGUACCAACUCUGACCUUGUCCCUUCCCUGUCUCCCCCACAUCGCCCAAUGACUCCCUUUUCCUUCAGUUGCCACACUAAUGUAAUGCACUGUAGAUACUGGCCAGACUUAGUGAGGCCAGGAGGGUUAGAUAGGGGUUGGGGUGGGGGGGUUUCGGUUAGUGUCAAGUACGCCUCUCACGCCAGGAAAGGGGCAGAGUGGAUCACCACAGCCAGGGCUGGGGCCUUCCCUCAGGGCUCAGGCUCCUGCUGGGGUCCAUCAGAUAAGGAAAGCUGGGUGGAGGGGGUUGGGGCACGGCACCACCUGAUUCUAGAUAAGCUGGGGGUGGUAGUGGAGGAAGCUGACUGCUGAGUGGGGGACAAAGCCUUCUUCCCAGCCCUUGAGAUGGUGACACAGGGUAACUUUUUUUAUUUGGGGGUUAGGCACCGGAAAGCAGGGGCAAUGACAGAGAAAGGUAGAGCACCUUACAGUUUACAAAGCCCAUGCCUUCCCAUUUUGACCCUCAGAAGGUCCUCCUGGGAGGUGGACAAGGUGGAAUUGUCUCCAAACGGACCUGGAACCAGAAGUCAGCUCUCUGACACCUGGUCCAGCAUCUGCUUACUAAGCUGAGCCGUCUUCCUUCAGGGCCUGUUUUCUCCAGUCAGGGAAUCCAUGGUCAAAGUGGGUCAUCCCCACUCCUAGUCUGGGGACCCCAGAAGCAUAAAAACCUCCCUCUCCCCCAGCCCCAACUGAGAAGGACCCCAGGAAUUCCCAUCGCCGCUCACCUAAAAAAGCGUCCGAUGGAGGGUCUGUGUGGGAUCGCUUUGGAGCUGGCCCGGUGGGGGGAGGUCAUAGGCCAGUCACCCCUUCACGUGAGUUCUCAAGACCACUCACAUUUGUUGAACGUCCCAGAUUUAGAUUGUACCAAGCCUCCGGUUCUUUCUUGCCCUCCCGUCCGGGCCCAUGGGUGCUCUUCUCUGCCUAGCUUGGUCGGGCAAGAAAUGUGGAAUGGAAAGAGGGGGGCCCUCCUAGCCUAACUCCUUCCCCUUUCAGGGGUGUGGGGAGGACAGCACCUCCCUUCUCUCUUAUCCCCCUAGAAACCAUUGUGUGUCUUUGAAACUUCUGUGUGGUUCCCAUCCAGCAGACCUGGUGUCCAACCUUUGUAAUUCUGGCAAUAAAUCAUUAGGAGUGGC